AUGUCGGCCUUCAACGCGUUCUUUGCGCAGCUCACGGGAGGGGGCGCGGCCGCGGGCGACGCCCCACCAAGCGCCGCCGCCGCCUCCGCCGCUGGGGGCUCCGCAGAUCACCGUGGCAACGGCACCGCAGACGGGGGUGGCGGUGGCGGGGGGCGUGCCGAUGGCGCGUUCGGCGUUCCUCUGACGGGGGCGGCGGUGACGUACGAUCCGGAGAACGACAGGAGUCGCUUUGGAAACCCACAGUGCACGACGGUGACGACGCUGCCCGAGGUCAGCCGUCGGAGAGGUCUGUGCAAGCAGGGCGCCCUCGUCGUCGCGAACGCCGACUUCACGUGCUACGGCAUCUCGAGCAACAUCCGAGUGAUCCACAGGCCUACCGGAGCGAGAGCCCUCAUCAAGCCGCCGCCGCGCUUGGGAAACGCCGUUCCUCAGGACAUAUGCCUCUUGGGGACGACGGGCACUGCGACGGCGAACACGUCUUCUGGCCUCCUGGCUUGCGCCACGUCCGAGGGCGAUGUGCUGAUAUGGGAGUUGGGGUUGCGGGCGAGCGCGCCGGGCGUUGGGGCAGCAGCCUCCGCGGACAAGACGGUGGAGGUGUCGACCCAGCUGGUUGCGGAGUCCAGGGGAGGCGGCGCCCAGAGCGUGGCCUGGCACACCUCCGGUAUGAGGAUGCUUGCCGUCGUCUCGGGGUCAUUGGUUGUGAUCCGCGACUUCAUCGGCCAGCAGGACCAAUCGACACACCUUCCCGGAGCUGUUUGCAAGGGUCACUACAAGCAGAUCACUAACGCCUCCUUCUCAAGGGGGAACGGGGACGUCUUGGCCACCGCCUCCGAGGACGGGACUGUCAGGGUCUGGGACACCAGGUCGGCCCUCCUGGAGGCCACGCCCUCCCCUCAGUCGAUCGCCUGCCUGCGUGCCUUUCGAGCGGCGCCCGAAGGCUCGACGCUGAGCCGGGUUCUCGUGGUGGACUCGGACAUGGCGCUAGUGACCGGCGAUGAAGACAACCGCCUCCUCAAGGUGUGGCCGGCGCCCGAAUGGAACGGCGGAGCGGGAGCGGGGGCAGGAGCUCUGGAAGGCGUGCUUCCUUCGCAGGUGCUAUCGCUUCCCGGGCGGGGAGCGCUGUCGCUGGAAGUGGAUCCCGGAGGGGAGUUCGUGUUUGCGGCAGACACGGGGGAGGGUCUCCUGUAUGCUCUCCACUUGGCGCAGGGCGGCCAGAAGGGGAUAUGCAUGGACUACCUCAGACCCUACUCCCUGGCGCAUCCGGUGCAGAGCUUCACCGUCCUGUCCAAGGAGCCUGAGCCGGAGUACGGGUACGAGGAUAGUCCACCUUCUGCCGAAGACCGCAUACUCCAACUAGUCUGCGCGCAGACCAAGCCUGUCCAGAUCUACCGCAUCGCCGUUCGCGACGCUCUCCCGCCCGCGGGUGUCUUCGCCAAGCCGGCCGACAACGGCAACGACGGGGGCCCCGCAGAUGAUGAUAGCAAGGUGGGUGGUGACCCCCCCGUGUCGUCGGCACCCGGGAAGGUUGAGGAGGAGGAGGAGGAGGAGGAAGAGGGGGUUGUGGUGGCGGCAGGUGUCCGUAGGUAUGAUGAUGAUGCCGAGGAGGAGGGAGAUGUUGACGUCGGCGUCGUCGUGGACAGCGUUGCGGUGAGCAAGGAAGGCGGGGCGGUCGGCGGGGGAGGGGAAAGCGCUCCCAGCUUUGAAAAGGGAGGGAGGCAUACAGACAGAGACGGAGAGAGAGCUGGAGGCGUCAUGCUCGGCGACGGCGCCGCCGGCGGUGGCGACGCCAAUGUCGGCAGUAGCACCACCACCACCACCACCACCACCACCCGGACAACAGCAGCAGGCAUGGGCAUUCGGGGAGAGGAAGCAGGAGGAGCCGCUGCUGCGACUAGCGCGGGCGGAGCAGACAGUAGCCCUACCGCCACCACCGCCGCGGUGGAUGGCCGGGACGGGAAGGAUUCGGCGCGGGCGGCGGCGGGCGGGUUGGGGGCGACGGCGAAGGCCCUGACGGCGGCGAUGGCGGACGCGCUGAGCGACACUUCGUCGGGAGUCGGCGGCGCCGGCGCCGGCGGACCGAGCCCGGUUCUUGACCCUUCCGCCGCUCCUACCAGCGCAGCCGCUGUCGUGGGGAGCGCUUUCUCCUCCGGCGUCGGCAAGGGUGAAGGCACGUCGUCGUCGUCUUCCGAUGCCUCGAAGCGAGGCGGGAUACCGUCGCCGAUGAUGUUGGGGGAGAGCGCCGGCGGCGCCGGCGGCGGUGGCGGGGAAGACCGAGGCGGCGCGCUGUGGGCGGCGGCAGUGGAGGCGGAGAUCGCGUCUGCUGAGAUGUCGUCUUCGACGACGAUGGCGGCGGCGGCGCCGCAGACUGAGACUGAGGAGGAGAACGAGGACGAGGACGACGGCGACAGAGAGUCUUCAGAGGACUUCGGAUUGGAGGACGGAGAGCAGAGCGUCUCCGUCUCCGUCUCGGAAGAACGCCAAGAAGUCGGCGCCACUACUACCGAAGAGGCCACAUCCUUUGCCGCUGCCGCAGACGGGGGUGGCCUGGGAGGCGGCGGCGGCGGCGGCGGCGGCGGUCAGGCCACCGGCGGCGGUGGAGGCAUGCUCUACAGCAGCAGCGGAGAGCAGAGCAUGGGCGCGUCUCGCCGACAAGGAGGCGGGGAGGGAGUGAGGAGUGGUGGCGGUGGUGGUGGUGGGUGGGUCGGAAGGGGAGGCGAGGACGGAGCCGGAGAGCCCUCGGCCAGCGGGUCCUUUAGUGUAGCUGUAGCUUCUGCGCACGGGGACGCUUCCGGUGGCUCGGGGUCUUCGGUGGCGGCGGCGGCGGCGGCGGCGGCGGCGGCGGCGGUGCCCCCGCCGGCGAUGCAACAGCAGCACCAGAUGGCUAGCACGCACCGCCGGGAGGCCGACACGAGCGCCGGAGCGUCGCCCAUCCCCAUGGUGCCCCGUCAUCACCCCCUUGUCACCGGCAGCCCUUCGGGGGAGAGUGCUGGCGCUGCGUCGCAACAGCAACACGAGCAGCAGCAACCGUCAUCGCCGCCGCUUCCGCCCCCGCCGGCGGUAGACUCGGUGGUAGCGGCGGUGUUGGACCCCACCGCCGGUGGCGAGGCCAGCAGGGACGGCGGGGCGGCGAGAUCGGUAGGCCGGCCGAUCCCAGGCGUCAACGUGGACGAGUCGGCCACGCAAGCCCUCCGCUCGCUGCUCAUGAGGGGCGGGAACAGGGGCGGAGGUCGCAGCGGUGGGGGUGGAAGCGCCUCCGGAGAGGGGGAAGAAAGUCGACGUUGGUCGAGCGGGGAGAUGGCGGGCGGCGGCGGCGGUGGCGGCGGCGGUGGCGGCGGCGGGGGCGGCGGCGGAUCGUCGACUGAAGGAGCGGGGGGGAUCAUGCAGUCGGUAGCACUCCCAAGGGCCGAUGCCGAGGGAGCGGGGGCAGGCCUAGCGAGGCCGCCAAACCCGGCGACAGACGAUACGAGAUUAUUCUUGGCGUCCCUGCUGGAGAAUCCCAACGACAACAGCACGCGCGCUUCCUCGUCCCGUUCCGCGGCCGGUUCCGCCAUGUCCGCGUCCUCCUCAACGUCGGCUGCAUUGGCGGUCGGAGGGGGCCCCGUGGUUACCCUGCCCCCCCCGGCGCUCUCCCCCGCCGGCGACGCCGGCGGACCGGGAGCCUCUAUCUUGCCGGCAGCGUCACUGCCGGGCGUUGUGCCCUCUCUGCCCGAAAUGAGAUCCGUGCCGUCGACCAGCCUCUCUGUGGGGCAUACCCCCAGAAACGCCGUCCUGCCGCCGCCUGCCACCGGCGGUGGCGGCGGUGGCGGCACUAGCCUGUUCUACAGCACAUCUAUGGCGGAGGUCACCGCCGGCGCCCCCACCGGGGCCCCCGUCGUGAGCGGCUCGGGCUCGGUGUUGGUGACGCCCACGGCGCAGGCGCCGCCCCUGGCGCCGCCAGGCAUGGUCCCGAGACAGCAGCAGCAGCAGCAGCCGCGGGCGUCUCGUGGGUUUGAUGCGGUCGACGCCGGUAUUGGACGGGCCGGGGGGGGCGGCGCUGUGGCUGGAGGGAUGGAUACGGAGGAACUUAUCGAGGCGAUCACCGCCAGAGUCAACGCGGACAUGGCUGCGAGGAUGUCCGGGCUGCAGUCGUCGCUGGAGCAGAGCGUGGCUUCCUGCUGCAGACGGACCAUCUUGGCGUCAACGGCGUCUGCUGAAGACACGAGAGCCAACGAGCGCGCGGCGCUAGUGGGAGACAUCUCUUCGUCCGUGGACCGCAGCGUGAGGAGGGGCAUGGUGGAGACGGUGGCGACCCCCCUCGCGAAGCUGGUGGUCAGCACCGCGCGCCAGGUCGUGGUCGACCCUCUACAGGCGUCCAUGUCCACCAUGCAUGGCCACCAGCAGAGGCAACAACAAGCACUGGCGGCGGCCGCGGCUGCGGGUGCCCAGGCGGGCGUGCAGUCGCAGGCGGCUGGGAUGGCGACGGCGACCGCUCGAGCCCAGGCAGGCAAUGUCCGGCGGGAGUUGCUAGAGAGCCGGGAAGACCUGUCGAGGGACAUUUCGAGGUCCGUGGCUUCGGCUGUUCAGGAGCCCGUCGGGGUGGCGUUCCGCGAGUGCUUCGAGGGGCAGCUCAUCCCCAGGAUCCAGAGCGCGGUGCAGCGCAUGUUCGAGCAGAUCAAUGACUCCCUCACCCGCGGGCUCCAGGCCUCUCCUCUUGUUAACAACCGGGCGGGCGCACUCGCCGAAGACGUUUCGCACGUCAGGGACCGCGUGGAAGGGCUGGAGAGCGGGAUGCGAGACGUGGCUUCCGCGCUGUCGGGCCUUGGCGUCAAGAUGGAGCGCUUGGCGGAGCUGACCCGGGCGAUGCAACAGACGGGCUUGGCCACCGCAGCCUCCGUCGAGGCGGCGGCCGCGAGCGCGCAGGCGGCGGCAGUCGCAGCGGCGGUUAGCGGCGGUGGGACAACCGCAACCCGAUCCAUGAGCGGCCGCAGCUCCGGCAACGUCACCCCCCCGGCUGCCGUGGACCCCAGGGAGGAGCUUCACCGCCUCGUAGGCGCUGGAAGGGUGGACGAUGCGAUGAACCGGGCGCUAUCUGCGUCCGACCUGCCCUUGGUGAUGUGGCUCUGCGGACGCCUCGAUCCCGUGGCGACGCCCUCCACCCUACCGCAGCACAUCCUGCUCUGCUUGGUGCAGCAGUUUGGCGCGUCGGAUCUGUUGGAAGACACCACGGCCAAGCUGAAGUGGCUGCAGAACUGCGUCCUCGCCAUCGACCCCACGGAGGCCACCAUCCGGGCUCACCUGCCCGUUGUCCUCCGGCAGCUCAAGGGAGCUCUCACCACCUCCACCCCCAUCAUCUCCCAGCGCGGGGGAACCGACGUUUCGGUAGUGCGUCUCACCACACACGUUGUCAACAGCCUGGCGUCCAUGUUGCCGCCCGCUGGGUCAGAAGCGGUUGCCUUGUAAUGAGUGCGCUUGUGUGCGGGGGCUUUCUACGUUGUUUCAGGAGGAAGGAGGGAACGCGUUUGUGUUUUUGCUUGGGGGCUCUUGUAAUUGGUAGGGACCGUGGUUGAUUUUUGGGGGGCGGGUGUCUGUGUUGUGUCUUAGACGCGCUUGCUUGGGGUCGCGGUUUAGGUGCGUGUUUCGCCUUUCUUUGAUGGCGUUUGGCGUGGAAAGGCAUGAUAGUUUGCUUUGCGAUGAGUCUGUCCGUAGUAAGCGUGGAUCCUGUAGGUUGUUGGUACGGGCUGACGCAAGAGGUCGGCUGUUUUUUUCAGAACAUUUUUGGUUGUUGUAAUUUCGACGAAGGGUCGUGUGGAUCAUGAUGGUUUGGACAUGGCAAGGAAUUUCUCGCAGGAGUGUGUCGAAGUAGAAUGCGCCAACUACAUGGUAUUCAAGAGCCCACGUUUUUUUUCGCAGUGAUCUGUAGGUGGAAUUUUGCAUGGUACGACAGGGGAGGGGUUUCUUCUUUCGGGCUAUGUAGCGAAAGGUCUUCCAGUGUCAGACCCCAGUCCUUUUCCCUCUGUUCUUCCUUCGUUGACGUUUAGUUCAGACCAGGCGAGGGUGUGAUGGUGCGAUGGUAUCGGUGCACGUAAGAGAGUGAUGAACUUUGCUUUUUGUAUACACUUUGACGUGGGCGGCUGCGUUAGAAAAAUGGAGUGAUGCUGCCGUCAACCACAACUCAGUUUGUCACCCACGGCGAAUCCAGAUUUCGAAUUUCGCCGAAAGGCGACGUCAUGACCGUGGAUGGCGUCAUCGGUCGACCAUGGAAUUUUGGACCACAGGGAUAUCUCCGGCCACAAAAGUUGGCCAAUCAGAAAGCUGCGGCCACCUUUUCUCUCUCUGUCUCUUGGCGUGUCUGGUGUGGUUCCUGCCUUAAGUGUUGUCGAACGGUAUGUCUUACUUCAAAUAGAAUGGCUUGCGGAGAGGAAGUACUUUGAGGUUUGUUGGCUAGUUGUUGGUUGCCUACACAACAAGAGAGGGGCGGCAGUGCGUUGGGUCUUGUGUAGUCUGCCGGAAUAGUCAAACCCACAGCCAGCCGUCGGUGCGAAACCUUUACCUGUGAUUGAGCGGCACGUUCGUGAUAGAAUGCUGGUACGUGACCUCCUGCGUAUUUGGAUACGCCUAUGGCUGUGUGUUUGGACGUGUGCGCGGUUCCACAUUUAGUUUCGGGAGUGGGGCGACUGGCUUUAUCAUGGCGGCUAGACAAAAAGCUAUUUUGGACGAUGGACGUAUCAGGUAGGGGAACACAGCCAGCCGUAGCUGUGCUACGUUAGAUCCAGGCACUCUGUUGGUAGAUGCCAUA